AUGAAGUAUCUCAACACCCACUAUCGAGACAAGGGAUCGGCAAUCGUUUAUGCAAAAGCCUUAGGGCUGCAGGAUAUAUUUGAGGAGGUUAAUCAGAAGUCCAUCUACGUUCGCUAUGUCAAGGGCGUUCUCAAGGGCGAAUAUGACGAUCAUCGCGUGUUCAAUGGCUUGCUUGCAGCCAUUGUCGAUGGACGUGAAUGCAGUCAAGCCGGCAAAGGACUUCAAAAUAUGCAAUAUGCACCUAGUCUCGAUAAAUUCUCACAUAUAGCUCUUAUUGAGAGCCCAGGUGUGUAUAGGUUUAUGGCACAACAUUUCAAUCUUCAUAGUGCACGUAGUUUCAAGAUGAAACAAGCAGCCAUGCCUCGCUUUCCAAGUACAAUAAGUGCAGCAACAUACGAUUGUGUCCGACAUAUGCUUAAGGCUUUAGAUUACAAUGGCCCUCUAGGCAUCAGCUGCGAUGACACUAAGCUACAUGCCACGCUGCGGACGUACUGGGACAGCCAGGCGGACCAGCACUUCUUAGUCGGUCACACGGGUGACCCUAUGCCCAUUGCUAAUCCCCAAGAACUGCAGGAGAUUCUGCGCUCAGCGGAGCUCGAGAAAGCCACAAAGUUAUGGCCUUCCACGUCACUCAACCCAUAA